CUCCCCAUCUGGGGACGCGAAACGCCCCUGAACCCGCCCUUAAUUUCUCCCCCAUCCAACCCCUCGGGUGGAGAGGCGACGCUCUCUUUCUUCCCUGGCAAUCUCAUCGUCUUCCAUGGCGGACGCUCCCAACCUCUUCCUCCGCCUCACCGACGAUCGCGACCACCAAGAACCACCAGCUCGCUUCCCCCCUCCGCGCUCCUUCUGGCCCUCCCAAUCCGCCGCCGGCUCGGCCAUCGCCGAUCGGGAUCCCUUUGUCCCUGUCUUCUCGUCCGGCCCCACCUUUGGAGAGCUUGACUCGGGCUCCGACUAUUCAGGUUACUCCGAUGACGACGACGACGACGACCACGCCACGCUCUCACUCGACCUCUUCCGCCGCCCUCCGCCCUCCGUCUCCGGCGCUGCCAUGGAUCCCUUUCCCGAGCCCUUUGGUUCCCCCGUCUUUAGGGUUUCCGAGGGCCCCGAGGAGAUCGGUCCUCCCUGCAGCCUCGACAUCGGUCUCGGACUGGGGCUAGGGUCAGGAUUCGAGAGGGACGACGAUAACGACGCAGGGGAGGACGUGGAUCGGGAGGUUGUCGUACCGGACUGGGCAGCGGAUGAUUUCUUCAUCGGAAGGAGGAGCUCCCCUUCCGAGUCGACCGAGUUCUCGAGGGCCCGGCCCGUAGGUUCCGGCGGCCUUAGGGUUGUUGGGUUCGACUCUGAUUCGGACUCCGAUGGGCAGAUCGUGGCGAUGGGCAACGAGCAGAUUGCCGGGAUCUCUGAUGACGGCGAAGUCGACCGAUAUAGGAUCUCCGACGAUUUAGGUCUUCCUCUCUGUUGGGACACCCUCCAAUUGAGCGACGGCCGGAGAGAUGCAAACGAGGGGUUUGAUUGGGAGGAGAUCGAUGGUCAGGACGUAGAAAGGGAUGUCCUUAGUAUCAUGGUUCUUGGUGAUGAGGAGAGAUCUGAUGACAUUGGGGGAUCGGGUCGUGAUGAGGUUGAGCCAGAAGAUGUUGUCAGAAACGUCAAUUGGGAGAUCCUUUUGGCCAUGAACAAUUUAGGGAGGAGCCCUUUUGAUCCAGAUGAUGUCGAAGCCUAUUUCGAGGAUCAAGAUGGCCUGGUCUACACAUCUGAUUACGAGUCCUACGAGGUCUUGUUUGGGCAUUUCACCGAGCAGGAUGGCAACACCAAGGGUAGCCCUCCAGCAGCAAAAUCAGUGGUCGAGAACCUCCCUUCAGCUGUUAUGACAAAAGAAGACGCCGCCGACAUUGACGCCGAUUGUGCGGUUUGUAAGGAUGGGAUCGUGGCAGAGGACAGAGUUAAGAGGCUGCCAUGUUUGCACCAUUAUCAUGAGGAGUGCAUCUUGCCAUGGCUUGGGAUCCGUAACACCUGUCCCCUUUGUAGAUUCGAGUUGCCAACAGAUGAUCCUGAAUAUGAGAAGCAGAAGGCAUGGAGGGCAGGUGGUAGUGUUAUCCCCGGUGAUGAAGCUCCUCUCAGGUAUGAUUUUGAAGUGUUACCUGAAGCUUAGAACUGGUAAACCAGGGUGGUUCUAUUUUAAGUGCACACCAGGCUAUGGUGAUCUUCUAUUCCAAUGUUGUUGUGUUGAUCUAUAACAAUGUUAUUUUUCUGUUGUAGGACAGCCCUAGUGAUAAUGAGGUAUUUGUUAGAGUUCUGUCAACUGUUCAAUUGGAAGUUGGUUUUCCAAGAUCCUACUAUAUAUCAAUAACAAUCUGAAUAAAUGUGGCUUGUGAAAAUAUAACUUUUGCAGCA